GCCUGUGAAGAAGAUUCCGAAGAUUGGAGAAGACAAAUACGUCAUCGAGUCUCGUGUGGUCUUUGAGCCUGAGGAUGAGCCUGGAUUCCUGGAUUCCAAGAAAUGGUUCCUGGACAGGUCGGUGAAUGCCUUCACCCGCAUCAGCUUCUCCUUGGUGCUGAACACCGACGUCUUGCCCAACUCGAACAUCUACAUCAAGCUUGGCGGCCUUAUCCGUGAUCCUGGUCGAACCAAUCUGGUAGGUGUGCAGGGCGCGCAACGCUCUGGGCAGAUCAAACUCUCCGGUGCCAAUGGUCCACUCUUCGUCGGCGAGGUGGGCUACUGGGAUCAAGACGCGGUGCUGCUCACAGUGCAGAUGAUCUCCACAGUUCAGAUCUAUGCCGGGGAACGAGUGCGCUUCUUCAUCGAAAGAGACCAGGAUUUCAAAUUGCCCUUUUCGGCGUAUCCCAAUGAUCCAUCCUUCAGAUUGGCAGUGCCUGAGGCUGGCAUUCCGGAGAGACCAUUCUUGUUCUCCACCCGAGUCAGCCAACAAGGAAAGCAAUUUGCUGUCUCCGAGAUCUUCUAUGGAGCGCGGGGUGCAGUGGCAUAUCCAAGCACUGUGGUGGAGUUCAAUUUCAGGUUCCAGCCUAAUGUCAAUUUGCCAGCUGGAACGACAGUCAGAUUGACGUUGCCCGGAUUUACGUGCCCCUUCACCAGCGUGCCAAUCGGAACCCAGGAGGUGCCGGUGCUCAAUGAGAAGGAUCUCAGCGACUUCAUUCGCUUUGGUCAAUGGAAUCAGCUGGAUAACACCUUUGAUCUGGUUGUGCCAGUGGGGCAAGCGAUCUAUCGACAGCUCAUCACUGUUCUGCGGAUCAUGGAGUCUGGGGGCUUCCGACUGCCCACUACACCCCUGUUGCCCAACGACAUGAGCCUCACAAUCCAAGCGAUUGGGAAUGUGGUGAUUUUCGAGGAGCCCAUCAAAACAUCUCCCCGUGUGGUCGAUCGAUCGUUUCAGGUCUCUGAGUUCAUCUAUGCGCCACCUCAAAAGGAUAGCAUCUUCCAGCUGAAGAUGAUCCUGCAGCCCACCGUCAACAUCACCUCGUCCUUCGUGGGGCGUCGUCCGGGACGCUGGGGCGAUCUGCGGCGGCCGCGGAGCCUGUGCCGAGCCGAGGGAGAUGCGUUCAACAAGCAGACACCUGGCAGGAAGUUCUUGAGGCGCUCAGAAUUUGACCUGCUAUCAUUGCAGGACUUCAGGAGGGAAGCCUUGAUACAGUACUCCAACACAAAUCAGUCGGAGCCUUUGCGAAUAUUGAUCUUCUUCUUCCUCAGCAUCUGUGGCUUCUCAGCCCCGGGCUUCGCGCCAAGCAACGCGGCGCCCUGGUACUUCGCCGUGGCGCUGGUCUUCGCCGCCGUCUUCGGCUUCCUCUUCCUGCGGGAACGUGGCAAGCGCACCGCUCAGCUGGUACGGUUGGAACGGGAGUACGCCAUUGGCGACCUCCCCAUAGAGGUCACUGAUCCUGUGGCAGGAACCACGAAGAGCUUUGAGCUGCAGGGUCUGCGGUCCCAGAAACGUAUAGUGGCGCUCUACGGCACCUUCCAACAAGUCAAGGAGAGCCUGCAAUCAGCACUGCCCUACCGGAGGCGCUUCGAGCAGAGCGAUGUGCUGAUUCUUCCUGUGUGCUCUUCUUUGGAGGGUUCCGAUGAGGCGGCCUACGCUGCGUGGGGCGAAGUUGUCCUGCGGGCCAGCAGAAAAUGGCUGGCGAAACCGCGAUCUCUGCGACGCUGGAGGAGCUAUUUUCAAGGCCUGCUGGAGGACAAGGAAACGACCGGGCAGAGCCUCUGGGUGGGCCUCAACUUUCGCGGCCGCGUCUUUGGCAGCGACUUCGGCUGUCCCAUCUGGGAUGAACUGCUUGCGGCCAUGCCACCCACCAAGCCUUUGUCUUCCACGGAGCAAUGUUUCGCCCUGGCGGAUGAUCGCUGCGGCGCGUUGGAAGCACAGAGGCGCUUCUAUGACGCCCUGAGCAGCGGAGAUGUGACGAAGAUGCAGAGGAUUUUUGAAUCAAGAGAUGAUGCCGAGCUGAGCGCUGCAUUGCAAGUGGACGAGCAGAGUGCAGCCAGCAAUCUCAGUGACUGGAACACUGUGUUGUCACGGGAGAAUCGGCCACAAUUGCUCAUUGCCAGCAAUGAUUGUGUACUGCUUUCGAAGAACUCCGCCAUCACCAGCUGCAUCGAAUUCCCAGUGCUGGGUCCUACACUUUUGGCCACGCAGAUCUGGGAGCGCGGACUGGGAGAAGGUGAAACAGGCGACUGGCGCCUCCUGAGUCAUCGCAGCAUCCCCUACGCCAGCCAAGUGGAGGCGCGUGUGGCCUUGCGCUGCGACCAUCGCGGCUGUAUCGCCUUUGGGAAGCAGUUGGAUGCCAUGCGCUGCAUCCCUGUCCUUGGCUCUGGGCAUCACCCCAUCAAGGUGUCGGACUUGGAGAUGGCUCUGCCCGGCUUUAGAAACUCCUUGUCCAAGGUGAACAUUCACAUCAUGGGCGAGGACCGCGGACGAAUCCAACACUCCAUGGCCUAUUGGAACGAGACCACAGCGCGGCUCACGUUGACCGUGCCACGUCGGGAAGUCAUUCCGGCCUUUACCAUGUUGGAUCUUCGCAUUGAAGAGAGUCAGGGCUUCAUCUUGCCCUCCGCCCUCAAUGCCAAUGAUACCACCAUCCGCAUCUCCUCGGUGAAUAAUAUCCAGGAAGAGCCCAUCAAGAAGUCGCCGAUGGUUGGCAAUGGCCCCUUCACUGGACACCUGUUCUGCAUGUACCAGUACGAAGUGGGCACCCGCAGCCCAUCACCAAUUUGCGCCACAGCGGUCGAUUGCAACCCGCCCCUGACGGAUCCGUGCAAUCCCAGUGAGCUGACAAGGUGUGGCUGCGACACGAGAGUGGACGAGGUUUUCCCAUUGAUGGUCUUGGGAUUUAACCUGCAGCAGGAGGACUCGGUCCACUUCUUGCCGUACUCGGAUACGCAACUGUGCCACUUUGAUCUCAUAGGUCCUGCUAUCUUGAAUCCCUUCUCUGAGCCAGUGAGUCAGGCUGUCUCAGAGACUCGAGAUGUUGUCACCUAUGAAGGAAUGUCAUCAAUCACCACCGGGAUUUACAGAGUAUGUGCGAAUCACGUCGGACGUCUCUAUGACGUUGGGAUGGUGAUAGUGCGACCCUCCUGUCCAGUGCCUUUGGUCCUUGUGGACGGUGCAUGCGUGGAGCAUUGCCCCCGAACCAAGAUCCCGGUGGCGGGGAAAUGUAUGCGAGAUACUAUGGCGUUCCACGCCUUGGACACUCAGGACUACAUGUUGCCCAUUCGCAUGACGGACCCCUAUGAAAGCAGUACCGGCGCUCAGAUGGCAAACCUGCUAUUGAACCCAGAAUCUACUCAUGUGAAAUAUUGCAUCGAGCUGGCGUGCAACGAGGAGAGGUGGCACGUCUAUCGAAGAUACCGCGACCUUCUCCAGCUUCACCAGCUGCUGCGCAGCCUCGGCGAGCUGCCGGCGCUGCCCACGCGGAGGGCCUUCGGCCUGGGGAAGUGGAUCUUCGCGGAGCAGGAUGAGGCAUUCAUCGCAGAGCGACAGAAGGAGUUCCAAAGGUAUUUGGACACCUUACUCUUGAUGGACCCGCAACUGUCACAUGGCGCCUUGCGCCUCUUUCUGGGCUUGCCUGUGCUUCCAGCGAGCAUUUCCUUGGAACCCGCUUUGCACGAUGUGCGCUUGCCAGAAGUCAGCUGGAAGACACCCAGCAAGGUCGACUUGAGGCUCGUGCGCCUGCAUCGGAGCAAAGAUGUGGGCGCCCGACUGGCAGACGUUCCGCUCUCGGUGCUCGAACUCUCGGAGGUCGCCAGAGGCGUCUCCACAGCCGUGGGUUUGGUGGGCAGCAGCUGCUUCCGAAUGACCAGUCGUUCAGUGGCACAGACCGUGCAGCAAACGUUGCCAGGGCUGUUGUCGUCCUCCAAAAUCUACGUGUUGAGUGCGUGGAAAGACCGGCCCGAGACGCUGUCCUUGUUCAGCCCUAACACGUGCACCUUCCAAAAGGUGCCCCUGUGGCCAUUGGAUCCAUACUAUGCAGUUGCUUCCAGGGGUGGUAAUCUCUACAUCCUGAUGUCUGGGGAAGAUCCCGCAACUGCGGGCACUCGCUGGCAUUCGUCCUUUCACUGCUGGCAUACGGCCACCGGGCGCUGGCGUCAACUGCCUCCCCGGCCCGGGGACGAGGUCACCCGCUUUGGGCUGACGGCCGCAGGUUCAUCCAUCUACGCUCUUGGAGGCAUUGGUCGCACUGGCUGCAGCUCCUCCGCGCAUCGCUUCAACCUGCAUCCGCCGCUAGGCACCUCUACAGGCCGCUGGGAGACCCUGCCAUCGUUGCUGCAGCUCCGCUGUGAUGCCGCAGCGGUGAGUAGAGGAUCUGUGGUCUUCCUCUUAGGUGGCACGGAUCGCUUCGGAGAGGUGAGCAGCGAGGUGGAAUCCUUGGAGGUUUGGAGCAAAGAGUGGCGCCGUGGGCCCUCCUUGCUGGGCCCGCGCCACAGUGGCACAGCCGCCAGCACCUCCGAGAGCGUGGUGCUCUUUGGUGGCUCUGCAGUCUCCAGGGGUCAUUUGUUGGCAGAUGCUGUGUCUCCACCAGAGCCGGAAUGCUUGAGCCAUCGCUGGGGCUUCUGGGCUUCUUUGCCUUCUCCUGCCAGCCUCAGCCGCCAUGGCUGUGCGGUGGCGGCUGUGCCCGGCAAGGUCUUCGUCUUUGGCGGCUAUGAAGCAGAGUUGGCCCAUGUGGAUCGAUGGGAUACAGAGACCCUGGCUUGGGACAGCUUUGAGCUGCCUGUGGAACUUCAAGGGGAGCACCCUGGUAUUGAAACGGGCAAGUUGACUUACCCAAGCAACGGCUUUCCGCUGAUGUUUAUUAGUGAGAUAUUGAAACGCUUUCGUUUGGCCUUGCCAAAGCUGCUGCAAGGUGGCACAUCCAUUGCAGAAAGAACCUCCGAUGAUGCGGAACAGCGGUACUUCAUCUACCGCUACGUGUACGAGAUGGGCAAGAUCCUGAAUGCAGAUCCCACGAGGAUUCAGGUCGCUUCCCUGUCCUUCAACGGAUCAGUCGUGGUGAACACGGUCUUCAAAGUGGUUGGUACUUGGAAUGACAUCAAGUCCACGGAUGAGCGUUCGCCGUGGGGUCUCAUCUCCUUGUUGAAAGCUCUGCAAGCCGACACAAGCUCUCAGCUGUAUCAGAGUCCUUUCUUCAAGUUGGUGGAUCGAGCAGCGAUGCCAGAGCCACUGCCAGUCCGUCAAUGCGCAGAUUCCGUCUUCCGCGUCUUUUGCCCUUACAGUGGUGGCAUUAUGAGCACCGGCGAGGCGCUCGGAAUCCUGUUUUUGGGCAUUGCCAUUGUGCCUGUUGCCCUGUCCUGUCUUUGUUGCACCUUUUGGCACAUUGACAUGGACAAGUCCAGCGCAGUGGAUGUGGAGGAUGUGGUGGAAAAACUGCAGGAAGAUCCCAGUCAAGUGGAUCCUAAGCUCCAGAUCGAAUAUGCCUCCAGUUGGUUGGAGGGCAGAUUCAUGGGUGAGGAGUGGCAGAAGCAGCGUCAGAUCAUCUCCAGCGUGGCGUUGGGUGGCCCAAGAUAUUUUCUGGUGAAGCAGUUGUUUUGCUGCUGA